UCUCGUCUCGCACGCACGUACGCGCUCUCGAUUUGUUCUUGGAUCGUUCUUGGCUCUGUCCAUCGCGACGCGGCAGAACGGAUGGAGGAAAUGGCGGCCAUGGGGAUGGGGAGGUCGUCGUCGUCGUCGCCGACGAUGGCGGCGGCGGGGUGCCAGUACAGGGGCGUGAGGAGGAGGAAAUGGGGCAAGUGGGUGUCGGAGAUCAGGCAGCCCGGGACCAAGACGCGCAUCUGGCUGGGGAGCUUCGAGUCGGCGGAGAUGGCGGCGGUGGCGCACGACGUCGCGGCGCUGCGCCUGCGCGGCCGCGACGCGCGGCUCAACUUCCCGGGCUCGGUGGACCGGCUGCCGCGCCCGGCCAGCUCGCGCCCGGGCGACAUCCGCGCCGCCGCCGCGGAGGCCGCGGACAGGGUGCGCCGCGAGCCGGCGCUGGCGGCGCGCGUCGACCCGGCGCGGUGGGCCGCCUCCGGGGCCGCGGCGCAGCCCCGCGGCGGGUGCGGGGGCGCCGUCGAGGUCGAGCAGCUCCGCGGGGGCGGGAGCGACGAGGAGUUCGACGUGGAUUCGCCCAGGCUGUGGGCCGAGAUGGCGGAGGCCAUGCUCCUGGACCCACCCGUGUGGGCCAUGGAUGUCAGCGAGAUGGAGGCCCCGCACUGCUGGUCCCACGGGUCCUUGUGGGAUGCCUGCUAA